UUCCUUCCUUCCUUGGUGCCUGGUCCACGGCGGAGCGUCCUCUUCUCUUCUUCCUCCUCUCAUCUCUCUCCCCCACGCUACCAACCCACGCCAAACUUCCUUCCUGCCUCCAUCCGAUUCGAGGCCCAACUCCUGCUGCUGACUUCAACAUCCCCCGCCAUUCGCGCCAUCAUUAUUCCUCCCUCCCUCCCUUCCUUCCUCAGGACAAGAGCAAGAGCUACUUCCAGUUGAGUUGCCGAUCCCCUUCCCUUCCAGGCUUCCACCACGACGGCAUCGCCGCAUAGCCAAGCCAAGAACAACCCAUAGGGGGAAUAGGAGAUAUUGAUUCUUGCCGGAGAACUAGCUAGGCAGCCGGCAAUAAUGGCGUCGAUCCGGCGGCCGCACUCGCCGGCGAAGCAGCACCUGUUCCGCCACAACCACCCCUUCGCCUCCUCGUCCCCGCCUUCCUCCCCUCUCCGCUACUCCUCGCCGAGAACCCACCACCACCUCGCCGGCUACCCGCACCCCUUCCUCUUCUUCUCUCGCCGCCCGCUCCCGCGCUUCGCCGCCUUUUUCCUCCUCGGCUCCUUCCUCGGCCUCCUCCACAUCAUCUCCCACCUCCCCCAGACGCCGCAUCUCCGACCAGCUUCCCACAAUUCCAGCCUUUCCACUCCCAGUCUCCGCCAAUUCAACCGGCAGCAACUCCCGAUCCAACAAGACGCCGACGCCGAUGCCAGCGACCAGAAGAAGAUACUCAUCGUCGUCACGCCCACGCGGGCCCGGGCAGCGCAGGCCUACUACCUCAGCCGGAUGGGCCAGACGCUUCGCCUAGUGCAGCCGCCCAUCCUCUGGGUCGUCGUCGAGGCCGGCAAGCCCACGCCCGAGGCCGCCGCAGCGCUCCGGCAUACCUCCGUCAUGCACCGCUACGUCGGAUGCUGCGACAAGCUCAACGCCUCCGCCGGUACUUCUGUCGACUACCGCCCGCACCAGAUGAAUGCCGCGCUCGACCUCGUCGAGAACCACCGACUUGACGGCAUCGUUUACUUCGCCGACGAGGCGGGCGUCUACUCCCUCCAGCUCUUCCAACGCCUGCGCCAAAUAAGGAGGUUCGGCACAUGGCCUGUUCCGGUGACCUCUGAAAACAGAAAGGAUGGUGUGGUGCUGGAAGGCCCAGUGUGUAAACAGAACCAAGUUGUGGGAUGGCACACAGGUGAGGAUGACAGCAAGCUCCGCAGAUUUCACGUUGCUAUGUCGGGUUUCGCAUUCAAUAGCACCAUGCUCUGGGAUCCCAAACUCAGGUCCCAUUUGGCCUGGAAUUCAAUCCGGCAUCCGGACACGGUGAAAGAGGGUUUCCAAGGAACCACGUUUGCAGAGAAACUAGUGGAGGAUGAGAGCCAGAUGGAAGGCAUACCUGCUGACUGCUCUCAAAUAAUGAACUGGCAUGUGCCGUUUGGAUCUGAGAAUCUUGCCUAUCCUAAAGGAUGGCGAGUUGCGACGAAUCUGGAUGUGAUUAUCCCUCUUAAAUAGUAUCACCAGCUAUGUUCAUCAAUGCACUAACUCCUUUGACAGGCAUAUACUGUAGAAGUUAAGCCGUUGAAGCCUUGGCUUGACCAGUGCAGAGGAAUCCCAGGUUGACUCCUUUCGAGAAGCAGCUCUUGAGGAGGGUUAGGUUCUGCGCAACCUCGCGUGGAACUCUGUUAUUGUAGUCGAACUUUUUGGGAAAUAUUUUGUAGGAUGAAUUAGUGCAGCAUCAACAAAGAAGCCAUCUAGCUGCCGUGUAUAUGUUCAAGAGCCAAAAGGCGAUAUAUACAAAGUUUUCAAUCUUCUGCAUAGUUCUCCAGUAAUUGUAGCAGUCUGAAUUAAUUUUUUGAGUUCAAAAGCUAAAGUACUGAGAUUUUCUUCCA